GAACAACAAUAAUAUAGACACUGUAUAAGUAAUUUAACAUUAAAAAAUUUGCAUAAGUAAAUAAUCAAUACGAAAGAUAAUUUUAAAAUAAAAUAUAACUAUAACAAUACAGAAUUAUGUAAAUAGAAUAUACAAAGAAAAUAGGCUUUAAUAACCUGAGAACGUAAGAGCAAAGUGAUAACUAUAUAUAGCGUACUUUAAAGAAAUAUCCACCAAAACAUCCCAUCGAGCAUAUAAAAGACAAAAAUCUUCAACUAAAUCUGCCCAAAAGUGUUCCCUUAAGCUCUUGUCCGUCCAGAUAUCAGCAGCAGCAACUCAAUCGCAACUGUAGAGGCGGAGAGUGUGUGAGAUUCGCGGAGUCACCAUGUCACAUGGGGGCGGCCAGGAAUGUUUGUGAUAUUUCCAGCUGAUGAACUCAUUUUGAUGACAUAUGGUCCCGCCAUACCACGUCUAGCACCACGACCAACACUCGACUGUCUGCGUGAACCCGAAGUGCCAAUAGAAAUACCACCAAGAUCAUUGCCACCGCCGUUACCAUCGGCAAUCGCCACCACCACUGAUACAAACAAAUCAACAACUAACAACAGGGCCGUAACCGCGGUUGCCACAAACAGCAGUAGAACUGCCGCCAGUCAAGGUGUUAACAGUAGUAACGUCAGCAGCGCCAACACCACUGUACCAGCACACAACUCGUCUGCGUCGCGGACCUUGAAUAGCGGCGCGUCCGCCGCUGCGCCAGUCUUCACCACCGCCUUCACCUACGAUCCCAGCCAACCAGCCCAACCCACUUCACAGCAAGCCGCCGCGAACUCCCUACCGCCAACGCCAACUCGUCGCAACUCACGCACAUCGCGCAUAUCCCUGACACAUUCGGCUUCGGCCGUGCCUACACCGGACGCAGCCGCCUCCAAGCGUUCGAGUGUGCGGAGCAACAGAAGCAAUCGCAGUGCACACCAACAGACGCCGCCGUCACCGACGCAACUGCAACAUCAGCAGCAAUUGUUGCUCUUGCAGCAGAAACAACAACAAGAUUACCAACAUCAGCAACUACUUCUACAACAACAACAACAGCAAGAGGAACAGUUAUUGCGACACUUGCAAAUUCAGAAGCAUAACAGUAUUUCCAAACGACUCAACAACUCAGCCACAGCCAGCCAAAUGCAGAACGAUGCGACAGACAGCUCGCGUUCGAUGCAGGGCCGUCAAGGUGGGCCAAGACCCACGCUCGAGCGCAGUACAGCUAUACGCGGCACCACACCGCAACGUGGUCCUACGCCGCAGCGCGGAGCGACACCACAGCUCAGCUAUGAGACGGAACAAUUGGAUGAAUAUGCGGGCGCCACAUCACUUGGAGGGGGUGGUGGACAACUGAUUAGUGCGCGCGACCGUAGUCCAAGCGUAUUUCUCGAACCACCUUCGCCCGAUCCAACACAGAUUAUUUAUGGCCCAGGCUGGGGUCGACCGAUGUCACCGAUGGAUCUGCCACCAGAACCGCGGCCUAAGUCCCCUACGCCAAGCAAAUCGUCUCGUUUGCGUCCAAAAUUACACCUGCCUUUGGGCAGACUAGGACGUUCUACCUCAACCGAUCAGCGCGAAUCGAAUCGCUUGAAGGAAGAUCUACAACUACUUGUCGAUAACCCAGUCUUUAAUUGCGAAAAUUUGCGACAACGCAAUUUCGAUGCGUUCUUCGAGUCGGGAGAACCGAAGUAUAAGUUGCAGCCGAUGACGCCGAACUCGGCUCCUACCGGAUCUCUAUCGAGUGCCAGCAGUCAGUAUUCGCCGCAAAUAGAUGGGCGUAGCACAAAGAGUGCCAGUGGAGGCGGUGGUGGGGGCGGUCUGUUUGCACCCACUCCAAAUGAGGGCAAGACGGCGAUGAACUCGCGAUCACGUUCCACCGAGCAACCAGUGUCACCGAACCGCGAAAGACGUGCGGCGUCCGUUAGUAGUGGUGUUGUGCCCCAGAAAGAUUCUUCAACAAAAUCUUCAAGUGGUCGAAAAAGUCGUAGAUUCUUUGGGUGGAGGGGGCCACGCAGUGGUUCCCUUGGCCCGCGGGCCGGAAUGGCUUCCUACAAUGGGGUGCUAAAGGAUUACGGACACAGCAGUUUGAAUGAGGCUUUCAAAUCCCAAAAUAAUGUCAACUUUAAGUUAAUCAAAACAGUAUCUGAUUUCACCGAAACCCUCUCCCAUUUAUACGAGGAACAUGCAACUGCCCUACAAUCUUUAGUCUCCAAUUUUCGUAAAAAGAAUGCAGAACUUCGCAAAGAAAGACCCGCCUGCCAUCAGGCAAUUUUCCAAGCAUGGGAAACAUUCCUACAGGAGGUCGAAACCGAUUCUCAGGCAUCAAACGAUGUGGCCAACGUGCUUUCGCGUCAGGUGUCACGUCCAAUGCUCGAUAAAUCCUUUCAUCGUAAAGUUCAAAGUCGGAAAAUUUUCACACACAGGGAGUCUUUUGAGACUAUUAUCGCAAAGACUGAAGAGAAGCUUUCGAAGUGUCGUUUGGAUUACAAACAGUGUUACAUGUCGCAUCGUCAAAAUCCCACACCACUCUCACUCACCGAAUACAUAGACGCACACAAUGCGUACGUGCAACAGUUGCAUGCCACAAAUGCCAUGCUGGAGACCUACCAUUGUGACACGGUGCCGCAGUUGAUGCAAGAACUGGAGGAGAUACACAAUGAUUUAUGCGGUAUUAUCGCCGAAUCGAUACAACAGGGUGCCGAUGUCAUUGCCAACAAGGCAUCGGAUCAAGCGAAGCGCUACGGCUCUCUCACCGCGCAGUGCGGCGCCGUGUCGCCGUUGCAGGACCUCACGAGCUUCGUACGCAUUCUGCCGCCGCUGCCCACGCAGGUGCAAAAAGUUCCUAAGCGCAUGUUUGCGCCGCCGCAGCUGCCGGCCGAAGUCGAGGAUAACGGUGAUUUUAAUGAAAUGGCUCCGGUGUUGCGCAACGAGCUGGUCUUCGAUCGCCAUUCGACGCUGUCGUUGCGCCCAGCCCUGGAAUCGUUGAAGCGGGAGGCGCAUGAGCUGGAAAUGCAAAUACGUCUUUUACAGGAUACCGUGGACGGCUUGAAUCGCACGCAGCAGCGUGGCAUUGAGGGACAACUGUACAACAAGGUCAAUGAGUUGCAGGAGGAGCUCUCUUUGAAGAAAUUUGAUUUGCGUGCUAAGCAGUUGCACUUCGCUGCCAUCAAAGCACAGAAAGAUUUGUACGUGAGCAAAGUUGAUCCGGGUUCGCCACGCGCCGAGCGUAAACUUUCAGCCGCGACCGCGCCAUCGAUGAAAACAAAGUGGCUGAAAGCAUUUAGAAGCCUAAAGCCGGCUUCCGGUUCAGCACCCGCCGAUAGGCGCAAUGGAGCCGCCGGCUCGUCCUCACAGCCGCUGCGUCCCAACGAGGAUGGCAGCCACCACCUGCAGGAGUACACCUACAAGAAGAUAACCGCCUGCGAUGUCUGCUCACAAAUACUAAGAGGCCACACACGUCAGGGACUACGCUGCCGCAUUUGCAAACUGAACGCCCAUGGCGACUGCGCAUCUCAACUGCCGCGCUGUCAGCCGAAGCAGAAGCUACUGCGGCGACAGAAGAGCACUUCGGAGCUGGAGAACCGCGCCGAUGUCGAGGAAGAAAGGCCGGCUGAGGAGGGUAUAAGGGCGCCAACGCCGCCACCGCCACUCGCGCUACAAUCAAAGCCACCGCAGCAACAACAGCAAACACUGGCCGACGAAGAGAACGCGUUGCCGGCGUCGCCCAAUGCAAAUCAAACAAUCGGAAAUCGAAAAUUCCGCCAGAAAGUGCCGUUCAUCGAUCGCAUCGCGCAAUUAGCGUCCACGACGGGAACCGGCGUAGUAGCCGCCAGCGCCGACAAAUCCGUCCAAGGUGGCAGCAAAACGGAUGGACCCGACAUACAGAUCGUUAAUGUGCCCGACUAUCCGGAACGUACCGGCAUCAUCGGCGGUCCGGGCAGCAGCAGCAGUACGGGUGGGCUCUCCGCGAUAGCAGCCACGGCCGUGGCGGCGGCGCAGCGCGCUGGACGGGGCGUGCGGCCGCCGCCGGUGCCGGUGCCGAUACUUGGUGUGCAGUUGCAGCAGCAGGAGCUGGCGCAGCAACGCAGCGGUGGAUUGCCGGUGCCGCAGCAAGAUGUCUCGAGCAGUUCAGCACCGCACUCGCCGCGUCGGCAAAAGCUGAAUUUGCGCAUGAAAUCGCUGAGCUUGGACUCGCCGGAAUCGACGGAACUGCACGGUCAAAUUCGUCGGCGCCAGCAGCCGGUCAUCGGCACAACAACAGUUGUUGGUGGCGGCAGUGUAUAUUACCACAGCGGAUCCGGCGGGCACUUGGAGCACAACACACCGCCGUCGAACAAUAGCCGUUUGCAUUCGCCUUCCAGCCCCUCACACCAGGGCCGCAAGCUGCUGUAUGCCACGCGCGGCAUGCGCGGCGGCAGCGUCGACCUGCCGGACGAGAUGGAGAAGUCGCAGUCGUCGGCGAGCACCUCGCCGUGCCCCUCACCUAAAUCUCACCGCUUAUUGCCAACGAAUUUGUAUGUGAUUCUGUACAAUUUCAAAGCGCGCCACGCUGAUGAGUUAGACCUGAAGGCUGGUUACAAGGUCACCGUCAUCGAUACCUCGGACCCAGACUGGUGGCAGGGCAAAUUGCUGGGCCGUGUCGGCUACUUCCCAUCCAAAUAUUGUGUGCGUCUAAAUGCCAACGAGAAGCCGUUACAGGUCACACAUAAUUUGCAAGUGUCCGAUGGUGAGCGAGGGGAGAGUAUGACGCUUUUACGAGAUCAAAUAGUUAUUCAGACUGGCGACGAGGUCAACGGUAUGGUGAUGGUGCGCUCUGCAGACAAUCGUCAGGGCUAUUGCCCCGUUAAGUACCUGCAAGAGGUGUGACAGCCAAAAGAACCGCCAGUUGAACGUGACAAGCCGCAGAAGUCUUCGCUGUCAUCAAAGCUUUUAGAUAAAACGAAACGUAGAAUAAGAAUUGUAGUCUCUGAGAAUGGUGGUAGUGGCGCAAGUUACAGUAACCUGGGUCGCGAACCCAGUGCACCGCCUGCCGAACACGGGAUGAAGAAUAUAAACAUCGAUUACAAUGACGACUAUACUGGGGGCGCAGAAGAGGAGUACUAUGGGGGUUUUGAUGCGGCCACUGCCAGUAGUAGAAGUAAAAAUGAUAAAAAUUGGGAGAACUGGGAGCGCAUAAGGGAACAGAAAUUGGAGAGAAUGAAAAACAUUUGCUUUGAAAGUUACCGUCAAUCGAAACGAGAUCGAAUGCAACAAGCUAAACCGAAACCGAAACAACUUGACCCCACUUGGUAUACAGAUAAUAUAUAUUCUAAUCGCUCCGAAGAUCUUGAAGAGGACUAUGUGCCGGAGUGUCUAAAAUAUGGAACAUAUCGUAAGCUUCGCAAUAUCCGCGAACAGGAUGAGUUCUUUGUGGAGGAUAUUUUGGAUGACGCUCCGCAAGAUGUUGGUAGUAAGGGCAAGCGUGGUGAAGGGGAAGGCUCUUCCGGUUAUGGAUUACACCGUUCAAUCAGUUGUAAGGAGUUUCAGUAUCCAAAGUCACAGAGUUGCUAUGUGAUGAGUGGUGGCACGUCCUAUGAAGGUGGUGGUACCACAUCCAUAUUGAAGAAAACCAAUGUGCCCAAAUCGUAUUCGUUCAGUGCCACGACGUCGAAGACGACACCCUUCGAUGUGAUGGACUACGAACUGCCGCAAACGGGCGCAACGCGCCGCGAUAAACAAGAGGCCUUCCGCAAGUCCGCGGGCUACUACUGCAGCAGCAGCCUUGACGAGAGCACGCUAGUUUAUGCGACUCACGAACCGCCGACGUCUACGCCGCCACCUCCGCCUGCGCCGCAUUCAUGUUGCGCGCGCGAACAAUGUACCAGCGCCAAUUGUCUACUUGACGAAAUCUACCCGAGUUAUACGGCGGCGGCCGGACGUCGUACAUGGCGCAGCCGUGGCACGCCCGUGGGCAUGUAUAGCGCUGGCGCCAGCGGUGGUAGCAACAGGAACCUACAUACCGCCUCCGCCUCCACCACAGCCGAUUGGGUCGAAGAACGGGAACGCGGUAGCCAGCGUGUGGCAGCGGCCUCGCGCUACUCUAUACACUCGGGACGUGGGCGCGAUCAUGAACGUGAACGCCACAGCGAUCGUGAGUGUGAGCAGCCACCGCCGCCGCCACCAACGGUAGUAUGCUGUUGUGCCGCCGAUGACUAUUGCUACCACCGCCAGCAACAGCGCCAUAUUGCCAGGUCGCGUUCGCGCCUACACUGUCCCGGCCACCACCCGGCAGCCGAAGAGGAGGAACACUUACACUGCCGCGCCAUGGCCUACGACACCGAUCUCGAUCACUUCAUUCGUGAUGAACGAGAACGUCUGCUAAUGCAAGACAAAUUCUUAGACGAAGACGAGCGCUAUCUAUCCAAUGCUGGACCAAGUUUACACUAUGCAGCCCAAUAUAGGCGUCCAGCGCGUAGUAAGUCUCUAUUAGAAGUACAACCACCUAGUCGUUAUGAUGAUGACACGUGCUCGGACUCCACCGAAAUGGACCUUGAAGACUUUAAUGUAGAUUUGGAAAAGUAUUGGGCCGAAUUGGAUAAGCCACCAAGUCCCGUCGAUUUAGAUAUGCAGCGUCGCAACAUGCAAAGCAACCUGAAGGCGAAGAAUGUCAGUGUGGGUUGCUAUAACAACGGUCAGCCUAUCGAUAUACACGAUCGUGAGCAGGAACGAAUGAUGAUAAAGAAAUCCCUACUCGAGGGCAUGCCCUCUCCGCCACAAGUGGAGUCGUCGGCGCCAGACGGCUCCUCAAUACAUCAUGGCGCCAACAAUUCAGGUGACUUUCAUUUUUUUGAACAAGCUGGCUCGCCCCUCCACCGCGCAUAUAACUAUGGCCACAAAGUGUACCCGGUCGCAGAUAGCCUACCCUCAUACAAAUAUAACAACUUCUACACAGAUCACGAAGUACAGACCAAACAGCCAACCACCGGUGGACCUCACCCCUCCGCCGGUGGUCACUCAGCACUCAGUCUAAUCAAUAACAUAUUCUCCAUCUACAAGCCAAACAAGUAUUCAGCCCAAAACUGCCAAAUGAACGUUGAUACCAAACCCGAGCCGUGCAAGAAAAUGAACAUCCCGACUAGCCGUCGCCCUCUAGGUGCGCCACAUUCUGAGUACAUGCACUCAAUGAAGCGACCGAUGUUGAUUAGCACCGAUCAGCCACAAUUCAAAAUCAUACCCGAAAAAACGGGCCUAAAAAUUACACCGCUCUACACGUAUGAAGACUACAUGGUCGAGAAACCACAAUCGCGACAUAAAUUCGGUGGCAUGACGCGACCGGUGGUGCCUCCGCACUGAUGGUGCUGGACCUUUCCAUGGUAUGGCGGUUGUUAGGGACACCGAGGCUGAAAGGAGCUGUUGAAAUGAACGUGAAGCUGAAAUAGACCGAUAAGUAAAGAAAUAAAAAUGAGGCGUGAUAACGACGUAGAGUACGGAAGCGGCCAGGGAGGGAGUGUGUACUUUGUAAGGAGGCAAAAGAGACAGAGAAAAUGCAACGGCGCUGGCGAAACGCACAAAUAGCUAUUUUUAGCGAAACAUAAAGACAAAGCCGGAGGAACACGUAUUUUUACCGUCACUUGAAGGCAGCCAUACAACAAUAAAUACAAAAAGAUCCGCACUCAGUCCCUACCCUUUGCUUGAAUGUCGAAAAAUUCAUUUCCAUCUCUGUUAGUAGUAUCAACCAUCAACGGCAUCGUCAACAACAUAAUGCGAGUAUUGACUUCGCGUCACCCUCAUACUUACGAGACCGAUGUGUAUUCGUACAUCGCCAUCUUCAGCGAUUUUAGAAUGUUAACAUUUCACAAAUUUUCAGUUUCGGUUUCGGUUUCGGUUUAGUCAGCAUCAAACAGCUCCAUAGCAAGUUUUGAGAGUAAAGUAGUCUCCAAUGGGGACUAUGCAACGCCUGGUGUAACUUGGAUGGCGUGAGUACAAACGUAUUUGGGUCGAGUCAGCAACACUAUACCAAUGGAAAGUCAUCAAAUGAAAUUGAUGUGAUAAAGUAAAAGACAUAGAAAACUGUAUAUUAUAGAAUAUAUGUAUGUAGUACAACCAAGAAGUACGAGAAUAUUUUCGAGGAGAAAGUAAGAAGAAGCGGCAGACAAACGUAGUUCAGUGAGAAGCAGCUUUGAAAUGUUCGUGCGUAAACUUAUUUAUGUGCGUUGGAGCUGCCCCAUUAAAAUCGCAUUUUGAUCUCCAGGCAUUAACGGUAAUUAUUUGAAAGCUUCCAGCAGAAAUAUGAACAACAGAGAGAAAAUUUUGCGGGAUUCUGAGUAUUACCUUCGCUGCAUAUUAUUAUUAGUGGUUGUUUAAUUUCUGUUUGGUUCGUGGCUCAACCUCAGGGCCUAUUCACUCAGAGCAAGGCGGCAUCAGUUCAGCUCAGUCCACAGAGUUUUUAAAAUACUUGAGAAUAAUACUGAGAGCUGAUGACGUUGGUCAUUAAGAAACAAUAUUAUUCAACUGUUUUUCAGUGAUUUUAUUUUCAAUUGAGCGGAAUAGCACCUCUUCAGAUGGAGUGGCCAUUUCCCAUAAAUUUCUUAUUUUUAUUUGUCUGUUUUGAACAUCUUUCUUCGCUCAUUUCGUUCGUUUACUGUAAUAUUCUGGAAAUCCCGAUUUGAAGAAAUUACUUACUAGAAAUUCUGUUACUAAAAAUGCGCUCUCGACGUUCUCUCAAUCACAAAAACACAAAAAAAAUAACAAAAACAAAACAAAAACUCAAUUCGACAAGGAAGAAAAAAAGCAAAAUAAAACAAUAAUUAAAUAUUGGUAAACAAUCAUAAGUAUACACAAAGCAAAAAUAUAUUUACACAACUAUACAAGCAUAUUUAGAACGAAGCAUCAAUGAAAGCCGAAAAGUCGAAAAGCAAAAAGUCAUAUCCAAAAUUCCUACUUAAAAAAGAUACAAAACAAAGCAAAUAUAUAUCUACGAGUCGUAUGUAACUGUAUUUGGGUAAGUGCAUUUGUAGUAGACGCUGCAACGGUAGAAGGCAGACCUUGAUAUGAACUUAGUCCGGAGUUUUGAAACACUUUUUGCAAAAGCAACAAAUAUUUAUUGAAGCUAACGUACAUAAAGUAAUGAAUAUCAAUUUUUUCCAAUAUAAAUAUAUAAACGUUUAUAAACUUUUCUAUUUUUUAUACCAAAAAUGACAACAACAAUUUGAUAAUGUUAUUUUUUUGGAGACUUGCAUACAUUACCAAACACAUUUUCCAAUUACAAAUACAAUCUAAUACAAUUCGAAAACUAGGAAUGCAUUGGAACCGCGUGAGCGGACUGUUGAGCCCCUCGCCAAGCAGUUUGCAUUACGAAAUGGUAUAAAUAUGAGAGAGCGGAGCUUUGAGUGUCAAAGCUUCAUGAAAGCUCGACGUUCCACUGUGAAAGCUUAAACUUUUGAAGGAUGAAUCAAUAUUUAUUGGAACAGUUAUUCGAAUGCAGCUCAAAAGGGGACAAUCGGAUCAAAUGGCAACGGCACUGCAAUGCUAUUGCUAAUGGAAAGGCAACCGAUUCUUGAAGAGCGCUUCGGAAUAAAAGCAGCCGGAGCAAAGCUGAUUGUAGGCUAAGCAUAUGCAAAGUAGAUGUUAGAAGAACUCGCAGCACUUAGAAUCCUUAGCACAGCUGAAUGUUAAAUGUUAAACAAAGGAGGAAUGAAGUGGAAUAUCGCUAUAUUUCGAACAAAACUGACAACUUAAUGUUUACAACCAAAACACAAAGCGUUAAUAAAAACAAAACUAAAAUAUUUUAGCUUAAGGAAUCAGCAGAAUAGCUUAAGGUUAAGGUUAAGCCCUUCUAGCGUGUAAGUAAUUAGGUAAAUGAAAAUAUUGAGAACCAAAACCGCAUUUUAGCAAAUCUUAUUGCAAAUCUAAUUGCUGACAUUGGAACGAAAACGAUUAGAAACCAAACGAUGAACUUAGUACUUAGAAUUCGCUUUUUUAUAGUGUAUCCACGGGCCUUAUUUUUCAGCAAGUAAAACAAACAACCAAAAACGAAAACAAAAACAAAAACUAAGAAACGCAAUUUGUAUGAAGACGAGCUGAUCGCCAGCGAAGCGCAUCCAAAGUAGAUGUUGUUGUAAUUUGAUAUAGACACACUCCCGGCAUUUUAGAUUUUUGCAGAGAGCGCGCGGAGUGUUAACUUACACCUUUACUCUUGUACAAAUGUACAGUAAUAAAUUUAGGGUUUUGCUUGUAGACCCACUUGUGUAUAAAAUAAGCCCCCUUUUCAUAAAUUCAUCGUAAGUUUUCUAUUUUCAAAACUAUUUGUGAAAUUAAUUGAGUAACGAAUAUGGUCCACAUGAUCCUAAUAACCUUCAGAAAAUUCCGUAAAAAACCCAAAUCCUUAAGCUUAUUAAGAUAUCUUCGUAAAACGUUGAACGCUUAAAGCCACAACACGCAGUCACGUUUCAUGCAUCCCUAUCUUCUAUUGAAGCACGAGUUCAGAGUUACUUUUUCUUCUUGCCAAAAUUCGAUGGCCGAGAAAGACCUAAAAUAUUUUUUUAAGCUUCCAAUAAUCUUCGAAAAACCCACGACAGCUUGAAUUUAUUUGAAAGCUAUUAUAGGCAAUUUGGUUAAAAUUUUUCGGAAUUUAGCUUAUGAUUACCAAAGCCACUGAGGAAAUGGAUUAUAAUGGAACCAAACGCCAUUUUCAAAUCAAAACGUUACUGGUGGUUCAAAGAACUCAGUUAGCUCCACAAAUUAGUUAGAUUUCCUUAUAGAAGUGCCGCUUGAGAAUCUGCUCACUAAGUUGGGGAGACCCUGAUUCGGCAAGUGAACAGUUAUCCAAAGAACUCCGAUACUCUUUUUGGUUUCCUAUCCCCAAAAAUGGAAAUAAAAUAAAAGUUCAGUCAUGAAUUAAACUGAAGAACGUUUCAAAAUUAGAAUUUUUUUGUCUGGUCAUAACAGUCGAUUAAAAAUAUUCUCAUAACGUCUAUUUUGUUAUGUGUUUUACAGUUAUUUAUUUUGAAGAAGCCUCACAGUUAGUAAAGAGAUUACGAGUUCACUUUCAAUCCGUAUUCAAAUAGCAUAAGUUAGCCAUGAAGCCUACAAACUGGUAAUGCAAAGUUUACUUUUAGUAAAUUAUAUUAUUUGGGGUGUUAAAAUAGAUGUUUAGGAGAAAAUCAUAGUUUAAUGGAUUUUAUUAUUCUCCCGUUAAAAAAUCUCUAACUUCAAAAAACGACGAAAAGUCAGAGUUGAGAACCCAGUCAAGGCACAUUUAAGUUAUUAAGAUUUUAGAAUUUUGCGCAUUUCAUUCACAAAACUUUUCCUAGAUCACUCCUUUCUUAUGAAAAUAUACAAAAUGAUGUUGUUGUUGGAUGUAUGUAUGUUUGUAAUAUAUAUAAAUAUAAUAAUAAAAUUAAAGACAAUUUUAUGAACAAAGAAACAAAUGAACGCCCAAUUCUUAUGAAUGAAAAAAUUUAAAACACAUCGCACCUUGCGCGCCUGGCGACUGCCGCCCACUCGCCACCGGUGCACGGUGCAUGGGGCAGCAGCAGCGGGCAGCAGGGCGCACCAGAAUGUGAGGAAAAUUAAAUUUACUAUGAAAAUAGACGUGUGUGGACACGCGCUGCAAUUGGCACUAGCAGACUAAAUAGAAGUAGUUAAAUUAAGAACAACAAAUAGUACUUUGCGUAAUUACUGAAAUAAUUAAUAAAUCUAGAUUUAAGCAAGGCUAAUGUAACAAAGACAAAAUUAUUAACAAAUCAUUUAGGUUUAAGUAAAUCAAAACUUGGCCGUUUGCACAAACGGAUGCAAGUUAUUCAAUGAUAAAAAAAAAACAAAAAACACAGUAAAAGAAAUUAAGCCCAACAUCAAAAUUGCAAUUUAAAGCCUUCGCCAUCAUAUCUUGGAAAACUGCAGCGCCUAAAAGCAGACCACAUUAAUUUUAUGUAAGCUUUCAGUAAGCCCUCGCGCUCCCAACCCAAACUGUAUAUGUACGAAUUAGAGCUCUUGCAAUUAUUCGAAUAACCUGAAAAACGAAUAUUCGAAUAUCCGGUUUGUAACCGUUCAUAUGAAUAUUAACCGAUUAAUUUCAAAUAGUUGUUGUUCUGCUGCAAAUAUUUGUAUAAUUGAAAAUUGCUUGAAAUCUAAACAGCCUUUGAUUUUCGCUUGAUUUAAGUUUGUGAAAAUUAAAAUUCUGUCCAUAUGCACCACAAACUUUCUAUAAAUUUAUAUACGUGAAAAAAUUUGUAGAAGUUUAACGCUUACUAUUCGAAUAGCCGACAUCGAACGGUUCAUCGGAAAGUCGAAAAUGUGCAGUUAGUCGAAUAGACGACGGCUUACGAUUAUCCGGAUACUGCAAACCGAAUAUUAUUAUGCGAAUAAUGACCUAUUCAGUUAAUUCGGUUAGUCGAUCAGUCGAAUACCAAGAGAUCUGGUAAGAAUGUACUCAGUUGACUUAUGGAUAAAAGUAAGUCGAGCCCUUGAACCUGAAUUCUUGAAGCAAAUUUUCAAACCCGCACAGAAUGAAAUUGAUAACAAUGGGCAACCAACCAAUUUUAACUAAAAAAUUAUUUUUUAUUAUAAAUAAAACACAAAAAUAUUUGCUAAGGCAGCGACGAUUAUGUAAAAAAGAAAAAAAAAGGUCUUAAGAAGAGAGAAAAAUGCCGAUGAAUGGUUGCAGCCACCAACGCUUGCGUCAUUUCCCGUUUUUCCCAAAAUACUUAUUAAGUCGAGGGCACGAAAUAUAAUAAAAAAAGUAUUCGCAUCCCCUCACCGUCACACAUCAUAAAGUACCUAACUUUUCUUGUUAUUAAUGAAUAUUCAUAUCAUUGUUGCAUGUCACAUGACCAUUUUUUCAUUAUUUCUUACUUACAAAUUGAAGAAAGCAAACUAUUUAGCUAAACACCCUGAAACUUGGUGGGGAAAGCCUCCAAAUAUCAAAGAACACAAACAAAUUAAUAAUGAAAUGAGCAUUCUCUCAUGCUGAGCAACUAGUAUGUAAGUCCAAAUGUGAAAUCUAUGUGUGUGCAAGAAUCUUAUGUGUACUUAAUAUUAAGUUAUGGACGAAAAAACACUUAAAUAAUGAAAUGGCAUGCAUUCGUAAUUCAUUUCUAAUUAAAUGUUGUAUGGAACUGCAACACAAUGGAAAUAAA